AUGAACAAUGGCUCUAGGUAUUUGUUCAGGAGAUUAGCAAUAUUCAAUAAACUCUAUUUUUCAUCGGUGUAAGUCGGAAUGUUUCCUAAAACUCUUAUAAAUUCAAAUUUAGGCCACAAGCUUCUGCGCUCCCAACAUUAGAAGCUGAUCAAAAAUUGGUGAAAAGAGGAGAUUUCAGAGGAGUUGCUGCAACAAAUUUGAAAAAUCGUUCAAAUACAAAUCCAGAUGUUGUGUUAUCGAAAAUUCAACAAAAUUUAGGAAAAAAUUAUCGAAUUCCAGGAGAUAUUAUUCUUAUUGAUGUUGUUAGACAAAUUGAAGCCGGAAAUGAGAAAUUUAUAGAAUUAUUAAAAAGAUCAACAGAUCGAUGGGUUCCUAUUUUGAUAUCUUCAUGUGGUCAUCCAUUAUCGAAUGUGGAUAAAAUCAUUCGAACUGAAAUUCUCGAUCGAUUAUGGAAUUCGCUCUCCGAAAAUGGUAGGUGUUCAAAAUUAAAUAGUUAAAGUUAAAUUCUUUGGAAAUUUCAGUAGAAACUCUUCCUGUCGAAGCGUGGAAUGCAAGAUUCGCUGCUUUGAAUCAGAAUGAGGCUGAUUGGAAUGUGACUGAAGAAUUAGAUAAAAUGGAAAGAAGUGGAAUCCAACCAAAUGCUGAAACUUUUCAUGAAUUAGUAACUCGUUUGGCAAAUUUAGGAGAUGUUGAUGGUUGUCGAAAUAUGGUUUAUAAUAUGGCUCGGAAGGGUUUUCCCGUUGAUUCGAACAUCAAUGCAUCUUCGGUUUUUGUUUUCUCUGUCAGAGGACAUUAUCAAAAAGCUGAUUCAUUGUGUGAAGUAAGACUUAUUUAAUAUUAUAUAAAUUCAAAAUAUAUUUCAGCAGGCAGCAGUAAAAUAUGGUGAACAAGGUGCUGAAUUGGCAUUUGGUGCAGCUUGUCGAGCCGCGGCUUGUAGAGGAGAUAUGGAUAGAUUGAGACAAGUAUUGAGAAAAUCAGUGAAAGAAGGAACCACCAAGUUAAUAUUAUCAUGUAAUGAUAUUCUUGAAACAAUUUGGUUGAUGGCUGAAAAAAGUCGAGAUGGAACUGGGCAAGAAUGUGCACUUCUUGUUGAACAAAUGUUGAAUUGCACAUCAAGAGAUGCUGGAUUUUUUCGAAAAUUAUAUCGAGAAGUUGAGAGACAUAUUUGUCAUCGACAUUAUUAUACAGCAUUAUCACUUUUGGAAGACACGAAAAGAGUAUCAGAAUGUUUAGAAAAUCAGCAAAGAAGUCUAUUUUUAGUGCAAUUAAUUGGAAAAUUAGCAACGCAAUUGAUUCGAUCGCAAGAAUCAACACAUUUGAUAAGAGAUGUUGCAAAUCGUGUUCAUUUUACAUUCAAUCGAAGAGGAUCGUAAGUUUAUCAGAUGAAUUCCAGAAAAAAAUACUCAAAGUUUUUGUUUUUCUAGUAAACUGCGUAUUCGAAUGUAUGAUGAUUUGGUUUAUUCAGCUUGUCUUUUAAAAGAUAUGAAACUUGACGAAAGAUUGGAAUAUUUUCGAACUUUUGUUGAUGAAAUUGAUAUUUCUCGUGAAAGAAUUCAUAUGACACUUCCACUUUUGACAAGCGAAGAAAAUCUUGAGAUUCGACUUUCUGCACUUUAUCGUCUUUCAGUUAUGGGAUAUCGAAAUUGGUCGAAUAUUGAUAUAAAUCCGAUGGUUUCAAUUAUUCUUCAACCACUUUAUAGUAUGAAUUUUUCUCUUUUUUCGCCGUAAAUUCUUCUAUAUUUCAGAUUCUGGCCGUCCGUUUAGAGAUCAAAGUAAAUUGGAUAAAUUAUCAAGAGUUUUGAAAAGUUAUGGAAUAAAUGAUAAAAAUAUUUGGCAUAUUUUAUACAAUUGGUCGAAAAAGAAACAAAAUGAAGAGAAACAUUCAGAAGAAGAUCAAUGGAAAAGACCAUUUUCGCGGGAUUUGAGAGGAUGGUGUAGAGCUUAUUAUUCAGAAACAUUUGAAAAUCCAAAAACAACUACGAAAAAAGCAGUUUCGAUUCCAUAUGAUAAAUUCAAAGUUUGUGUAGAUCAAGGAGAUAUUGGAAAAUUGACUGCGAUUUUGAAUAAUUCUGGAUGGCCGAUUGAUACAAAUUAUGAAGAAAUUGCGCCGAAAGUUAUCGAUUUAUAUUUGAAUCAUGAAACUUGGAAAAACACUGAAAAUAUGUUGGCUGAUUUAUCGGCACAUUCAGCUGAAUGGCAAGAGGAAUCACAUAAAACACCGGUCAAAAAUUAUCAUUUGCUAUGUGUUUUACGAAGGUUGGUUAUUUUUAAUUUGGAAUUUUUUUUGAAAUGAAAAAUAAUUUGUGAUUAUUCGAGAAAAUACGUGAACCUAGUUUAUUCCAUUAAAAAAAUUGGAAAAUCCUAGCCCAUUACUAAUUUUUUGGCAUGGAUGGAAAUUAAUUGGACUUAUUCAAAAACUCCCUCCAGAGCCCAGCUAUAUUGCACCGAAACACUAACCUUUAGCCAAACUCCUUUGAAAAAUUGAAUAACAGCUGUGUAAGUGUCAGUUCCGUUGUCUUCUGAUUUCAAAAAUAAUUCGAAAAUUUUUUUUCCUCUAACGUAAAAUAAUUUUGGGUUGCCACGUCACAAUUCCAUUUUCAUUUUCAUUUCUCAAUCUUCAAUUUUUGCAGAUUGGCUGAAGAAGGUGAAACAUUAUCAAUUAGAAAUAUAACUGAUUAUGCAUAUGAACUUCGAAAUUUAUAUCCUCACGCAACUUGUCAUUAUGAUGGUUUUUUCGAAACUCAAAACGAAUACAAAAGACUUUUCUCAAAAUGUUUUGAAAGAUUGGAAAAACAAAAAAUGACAACAGAAGCAGUCGACGAACUCAUCGAUUUUCUGCGAUGUUUAGUAAAACUCGAAUUGAUUCAAUUGCAUCCAACAGAAAAUCUUACUGUAUUUUUCAUCAAUAUUGUUUUGAAACGAAUUGGUUGGAAUGAGGCGUUGAACACGUGGCAAAAAUUCUUGUCAAGUUUGCAUUGUCCAAAUGGAACUGUUGCUCUUUUACGACAUUGUUUAAUGCAAAAUUCGGAUGAAUCAAGAAAGAAUUUACAAUUUGUUAUUCAUCGAGGAUCAACUUUUUUGUCACAUUCAAGAAUUCAUGCAAUGUAUUUAUCAGUUUUGAUUGGAAUGAGAAAAUUUGAAGAAGCUGAAAAAGUUUGCGAUUUAAAUGAGGGAAAAAUUGAGGCAAAUGAUUGUUUGAUGGCGAUGAGAUUGAUGAAUUCACUCAAAGCAAGAUCAGUGAGUUCAUGUUUUUCUUUGUGAUUCAUAUCACUCACAUACAUGGCACUGCUCCCAAAACUGUGAGGGGGAGAUCAUGACAUUUGGAAAAAUUUUUCGAGGGGGGGGGGAUCAUUUUGGAAAUUUUGAAUUCUCGCCUGAAUCAAAAUUUUGAUUCGGGCGGGAAGCUAAUGAAAAUUCACGCCCGAAUCAAUUUUUUUUAAACAAAACAAUUGAAAUGAUCAUGACAUUUCAACAUUUUGGGGAUAAUUUUGAUCAUUAAUUUUGAUCAUUACAUGCGGUGUCUGUUGUGCGAAGAUGCCAUGUUCACUCAUUUAAAAAAAUGUUUUUUUCCAGUUCGACGAACAAUUUAUGCUUGAUUUCUCAGCGAUUUGUCUUCGCCGAUUGAAUUUAUCAAAAAAUCCGGAAGUGGCGCAAAAUAUGCAAGCAGAUUUAUUGCGAAUUUGUGAUUCGAGACAUAUGGGACCGGCUGCAUUGCGUGUUUAUGAUCUAUUUUCGAAUUAUGAUGUGAAAUUGCGUGAUGAGGAGAAGAAUCGAUUGGCAACAGUGAUUGAGAAACAUUCAGCACUUUCAAAGUUAGUUUUAUGGGAGCUUUGGGGCGUUUUUUCGGGAAUCUAGGAUUUUCAAACGAUGAAAAUCUUUGUUCCAAGUAGAAAAAUGCUACUUUUGGGGCAAAUUUUGAAAAAUAACAAAAUUCGAAAAAUACUUUGUUUUUCUCUAGAAGUCUUCCAGUCCCUCUUCUUAUAAUUUAAAAUCAAAUUCACAUCCAGAUUUUAUUUUCUAUUUGAUGUUUUUGUAGAAAAUGGAUCUUCAAACCGGAUGGUUUUCUUAACAUCCAAGCUGAUGAUGAAAUAAUAACUCAAAGUGAAGAAGCAAAAAUUGAGGAAAAGCUCAAAAAAGAAUUGAAAGCGGGUUUAUAA